UCUUCCGCCUUCCGCGUCAACAUGGCUGCAUCCAUGGCAUCCCAGGCUGUAGCGAGAGGACUGCGAGCAGCAACCUCAAAACAUUUGCUUCUUGACAAAUGCAAGUGCACCCAGCUCAAUCCCAGGAGAUGGCUCAAUUUACAGGAGUACCAGAGCAAGAAGCUGAUGCAGGAGAGUGGCGUGGCUGUCCAGCGUUUUUAUGUGGCCGACACGGCCUCCGAAGCCCUGGAGGCUGCAAAGAGACUCAAUGCCAAGGAGAUUGUGCUGAAGGCUCAGAUUCUAGCUGGCGGUAGAGGGAAGGGUGUGUUCGACAGUGGCCUUAAAGGUGGAGUGCACUUAACUAAGGACCCUGCGGUGGUUGGCGAGCUGGCCAAUAAGAUGCUGGGUUUUAACCUCACUACUAAGCAGACACCUAAAGAUGGAGUGAAAGUAAAAACGCACCGCCUCAAAACACAUUUCCAGGUGAUGGUUGCAGAGGCCCUGGACAUCAGCAGGGAGACCUAUUUUGCCAUUCUGAUGGACCGCGCCUGUAAUGGGCCCGUCAUGGUGGGCAGCCCCCAGGGAGGGAUGGAUAUCGAGGAGGUCGCAGCCAAGAGCCCAGAACUCAUCUUCAAGGAAGUCAUAGAUAUAUUUGAGGGUGUGCGAGACGACCAGGCUCUGCGUAUGGCAGCUAAUUUGGGUUUCAAAGGACCUCUGGAGAGACAGGCAGCAGAUCAGAUUAAGAGGCUCUAUGAUCUGUUCUUGAAAGUCGACGCCACUCAAGUUGAAGUCAAUCCUCUUGGAGAGACUCCCGAAGGACAAGUGGUUUGCUUUGAUGCCAAGAUCAACUUUGACGACAACGCAGAGUUCCGUCAGAAGGCGGUGUUUGCCAUGGACGACAUGACUGAGAGCGACCCCACAGAGACAGAGGCAGCCAAAUGGGACCUCAAAUAUAUCGGAAUGGACGGCAACAUUGCCUGCUUUGUGAAUGGGGCCGGCUUGGCCAUGGCCACAUGUGACAUCAUUGACCUGCAUGGAGGAAAGCCAGCAAACUUUCUGGACCUGGGCGGAGGAGUAAAAGAGAGACAGGUGUAUGAGGCCUUUAAGCUCCUCACUGCUGACCCUAAGGUGGAGGCUAUCCUGGUCAACAUCUUCGGAGGCAUUGUCAACUGUGCCAUUAUCGCCAAUGGCAUCACCAAGGCCUGUCGUGAGCUGGAGCUCAAGGUGCCACUGGUGGUCAGACUUGAAGGGACCAACGUCCACGAGGCCAAGAGGAUCCUGUCGGAGAGCGGCCUGCCCAUCACAGCAGCAGACGACCUGGAUGACGCUGCCAAGAAAGCAGUGGCAGCCAUCAAGAAAUAGAAAACCACACCACGCCACACCUCGCCGUCCUUGUUGUAACCCCACCAUACCCUUUCAUAACCCAUCACUGCCAUCCUUACGUUGAAUCACAGCAGCCUCAUAACACUACCGUCGACCUUUGCUCACACAUGGAGACCUCGAAAAAAACUCAAAGCCUUUUCACUCUGAAGCCAUUCAAACUCUGAAACCUUACUUUAUCACCAGCUGCCUUCCCAUUAGGGCUGUCCAAUUAAUCAAAAUAUUAUCGAAACUGCAACAUGGCGACUAUCCAAAUCGCAGCAGCUGCAAUGUUUUGCUGAAGUUAAAAUGUGUGAUAAAAUAUCAUUACAAAUGAAGGAUUGCGGUGCUAAAGGGACACCCUGGCCUACAAAUCGUAUUCCCCAGAUGUAAGAAACCAUGUUUGUUUGGUAGAGAUCCCAGCGAAAAUCUGAUGCAAAAAUUACUGUUCCAAUGAAAAUUGUGAAUCAUACUGCAAUCGCACUAUCUGUCAGAAUAAUUGCAAUAUUUUUUUUUCUUAAAUCCAUAACAUUCUCCUGAUCUGAGGCAGUAUAUCUCCUCACUACCUGCUGAGCCUGAGUUUGUAACAUGCAACACCCUUCCUCAUGUCAGAUAGAAAUGACUUUGUGAAGUAAGCAAAUUCUUGACAGAGCCUCUUUUAGCCUCUUUUGUCAUAUAUAUAUAUUUUUUUUUGAUGAUUAAAUACACAUUAAUCAGGUUAAAUCAGCUGAUAAUAACCAAGUGUUUCAUUUUCACAUUAUGAAAAUUCAUGUAAUCCGUGUCAUAACAUCAUGAAGCUCUUAUAUUUGGUCGGUGCUUUUCUUCGAGAUUAGAUGUCUUAACAUCCGUUUCAUAAUGGCGCAUUCCAUUUUACAAAGCAGGAGUCAUGGAUUUAUCUGACCAUAUCAUGGCAUUUGUACGGAAUAUUGAUUAAAACAGAUAUUUCCAUGUUGUCCCAAUGUUUUUGUUAGUAGCGUUGUUGCAGGCACAUGGAAAGUGCAUCUGAAGGACAACCUCUCCAUGGUUUAUUUCUGUGGAAUCAUCAGAUGGCUUUUAAAACGAAAGGCAGCAUCACACCUCAUAGUUAAUGUUCUGUUGGAGACUUUAUUCCACUCUGUGUGUUUUUGUUUUUUUUGUCAGUCACUUCAAAAGAAAGCUUUUUAGUUUGCCUUGAUUCAAGUCACCUCCUUAAUCACAGGUUUCUGGUCAUUUUGAAACAGUAAUACAUCCAAUGCCAGUAUUCAGUGUGUGAAAUAACCAUGCUUACUGUAUGCGCUGUGAAUUUUGUCAAUCCACAUUUAUGAAAAAAAGGUGUGAUCGCUGAGUUGUGGAUGUAUUUCACGAAGGUAAAAGGGGUUUGUAAACUGACUCUUUCAAUCACAGUAACAUUUCCAUACAGAUCUAUUGAAAAAGGAAAAUGAAAAAAUAAUUUUAGUGGGAUUUUUUUUUUAUAAUUGUGAAUGUAUAUUGACCGAAUAUCUUGAAUACAAGUGUAUCAACUUUGUAUAUAAUUUGAGAGAUUAAUAAACAUGACUAUUUCAACAUUA